AUGCGCACAGGCAGCAGCGCCCGUUCCUCUCCCGUCUUUCUCGGCCGGAGGCAUCUAUUGGACCCACCGGGGGGCGUGAUGGUGGUGGGCACCGGCACGUCGCUGGCGCUGUCCUCCCUCCUGUCUCUGCUGCUCUUCGCUGGGAUGCAGAUGUACAGCCGCCAGCUGGCCUCCACCGAGUGGCUCACCAUCCAGGGGGGCCUGCUGGGCUCCGGCCUUUUCGUCUUCUCCCUCACUGCCUUUAAUAAUCUGGAGAAUCUUGUCUUUGGCAAAGGAUUCCAAGCAAAGAUCUUCCCUGAGAUUCUCUUCUGCCUCCUGUUGGCUCUUUUUGCAUCUGGCCUCAUCCAUCGCGUCUGUGUCACCACCUGCUUCAUCUUCUCCAUGGUGGGUCUGUACUACAUCAACAAGAUCUCCUCCACCCUGUACCAGGCAACAACGCCCGUGCUCACGCCGGCCAAGGUCACGGGCAAGAGCAAAAAGAGAAACUGA